GCGAAGAAGGGGCAUUGCAGUUUCGAACACUCCGAAGUCGACUUGUUGAGUUAAACGACUCUAAACAAACCAGCGAAACUUGCACAAACAGCCUUAUCACUUGAGAUGCUGACGACAACAGCUGGCUGCAGUGGACACAUUAUUUUCUUUCAGUGGGAGGAAUCUUUCCGGAUUGGACUCUCCUUCGUUGCCUAAAUACCCAAAGUCCCUCCUCUUCUUACUCCGUCUCCUCUACGGGGCUCGUUUUUUGGACCAUGGCGCUACACUAUGAACGUUUUACUGUAUACGUGGCAUUUCCUGUGGUUAUAUUAGUAUUUUUUAACUUUACCGUGGGAGUUUUGGUGAGCGGCAGCUCUAAUGUAUUGUCACUCCUGCAGCCGUAUGAUUUUCUGUAUUACAGCGGGGUGCGCGCAUAUUAUGGAGAGGAGUGGGGAAAGGCUGCAGAGCUGCUGGAGAAAUCUAUUGUAACUAAGGAGGCACUGCUAAGAGUCCGCAGGCAGUGUUACGAUGACUGUGUGGCAGCUGGGAGAGACGCUCUCAAUAAACUAGACUCUGAGGACAACAGUCUGUGGGAUCUGUGGGCCUUGGAUUGGAUUCAGCAGAAAGCAGAGUGUUUGAGGUUUUGUAUGGGACGCUCCAUCACUCGUACAGGACAGCUCCCUGUUUCUACUGACAUAGAGUAUGAAUUCAGCAUUCGCAACCCCUAUAACUUUCUGCAAGUCACAUAUUACAAGUUGGAAAAGUUGCAGAAGGCUGCAUCAGCAGCUCAUACCUACUUUGUGGCCAACCCAAGUCACCUGGAGAUGAGGAACAACAUUGAGAAGUACAGGCGGAUGGAAGGUGUGACUGAGGACAAUUUCCUGGACCGGGAGAUUGAGAAUGAGAAACACUGGGUCCUGUAUGAUGCUGCACUCCAGCAUGAGGCCUCCUCAGACUGGGUGCAGGCAGCAGAGAAAUGGAGGGCUUGUGUGAAAGAAACACUGCGGCAGAUAGAGGAGUGCAGGGUUCAGUGUGAAGUUUCCCCACAGCGGCUGCCGGAGGACAGAGGAGAGGAUAGUGUUGACGGAGCAUUUGAAAAGGCUGCAGCUCUGUCGCUCUCCCUGCUCUCAUGCCGGCAGUCCUGUGUGCCUCAGAUCGCCACACGACCUGGAAGGAUUUCUGCUCAGGAGGACUUCCUGCCCACGCAGCUGGAGCACCUUCACAUUGCACAGUUUAAAGCUGGUGAUGUUAGUGGAGCAUUGCAGACGCUGCGCUCUUUUCUCCUGUUUUACCCUUCUGACAAGGGCUCCUUAGAAAAUCUGCAGCUCUACUAUGAGACACUAGAGGGAGUUGCAGAGUCACAGGACACACAGCCUGCUCAGGAGAUUGUCAGAUACAUCAAUCACUCCUUGCAGGAGAAGAAGUUGCUGUAUUUUGGUAUGGAGAGCCUUGACUUCAACUUUAUUGACCCAGAUCUUUGGACUCCAGAGGAUGUUGUGCCUGAAUCACUGAGGGAGAAAUGGAGAGCUGAAAAGGAAACAAUAAAUGAGAAGAUAGAAAAAGGAGAGCAACAUGAAGAAGUGGAUGACAGUGGCUUCUUCUCAGGGGGCCUAGUUCCUCAGGUGGGUGUGACCAUCACCAAGGACGAUGAAGCUUUGAACGGGACCAAUCGAGUUGUCCUUGAUGGAGUCAUGACUGAGAAAGAGUGUGACAACAUACUGCAGUUAGCAACUGUUGCAGCAUCACUUGGAGAUGGUUACCGGGGACGACGGUCUCCACACACUCCUCAUGAGACGUUCGAAGGUCUGACUGUUCUCAGGGCUGUAAAGUUGGCUCAGGACGGAUUGGUGAACCAGUCAGACGCCAAGCUUUUACAUGAGCUGGGUGAAAGAACAAGAGUUCUGCUACACUCCUACUUCAGGAGCCCCUCAGGACUUUUCAUCGCAUUUACACAUCUGGUGUGUCGCAGUGCUAUUGCAGGUGACCAGGAGGGAAGGAUGGACUUGUCUCACCCUGUCCACGUUGACAACUGUCUCCUUGAGCCAGAAACCAAUCAGUGCUGGAGGGAACCACCAGCGUUCAUACACAGAGACCUAAGUGCCAUUCUCUACCUGAAUGAUAAAUUUGAUGGCGGAGAGUUGUUCUUCACUAAAAGAGAUGCCAAGACAGUCACAGCUCGAGUAAAGCCCAGAUGUGGUCGACUGGUGGGCUUUUCCUCGGGUCCAGUAAAUCCCCAUGGUGUUACUGCUGUGACCAGUGGCCGGCGAUGCGCGCUGGCCCUGUGGUUUACAAAGGAGAAGCUCUACAGGGACAUGGAACGAGAGGAGGCAGAGGCUAUGUGGUCAGUAGAUGGACAGAGUGUGCUGAAAAAGGACGAGGAGGAGCCGGACGGCAGCUCCACAGCUGGCCGUAACGCUCGGAGUCGUGCACCAAAGGAGAGGAGCAGAGAAAGAGGCAGGGUGACGGGGGGCAAAGAUGAGUUGUGAGCCGGAGCAAACAUGGCAGACUGAAACUGAAAAAUACCUUCAUUCAUUCUAAUGAUACAGCCCACCAUCCCAUCUGAGUGCCCCACUCCAUGUUUACAUGAUUUUUAAUUUUUUACUUGUUAAGUUGCUGCCUUCUUAUGUCAAGUUGUACUUGAUGUGUAUAUACUUUAUUUAUACUGUACAUGUUGAGGGUAAAUGAGAAAAGUAAUGUUCUGCCAUUUUUGUGAUAUCACUUUUCUUCCAGAUCAAUUACAGACUUUAAAAAAUGCAGAGAAUAAAAUAUGUAUUAAUGAUUCAUUAUCAGUGUUCAAAUGUAUGAAAGUGGUCGAGCAGAGAGAGGAUUAGACCAUGAGUGAGGUCAAAAGGGGUAGUAAAGCAAGGCUGUAUGGUCUAUUAAGCGAUUACCUCACACAGUCCAUAACUGCCUGCUGAUUUGGUCCUGUUUAGAGUAGAGGAAUAUGUUGAGACAUAAUAUUUGGCAGCAACACAACACUACUGAAGAGGCUGUGACUGUGAGUAUCAGGAAUUAUGGUUUCAGGUAGUAAGAGAGAGAGGAGGGAACAGACAGACAGAGAGAGGUGCGCAGGGGAAAAAAGGAUAGAAAAAGAGAGAUUACUGUUAAUCCCUCAUAAAUGAGUGCAUUUGUUUAUGAAGCUUAAAAAUCUCCCAUUUAGAAUAUGGAAUAGUAAUCCAGGGGUAGAACAUUUAAUCAUACACAUCCAGUGGUGUGACACUCGACCCACCCACUUCCAUCUCAUCCUCCCCAUUACAACCAGUGCCACUUUACAGCCCUUCCUCUGCACUCAUCUUGUACAUUUCAGUCAAGUGCUGUUUAUGGCCUAUAUUAACACUCUCACUCCCCCCUGUGUUAUAAUCCCCUUGCAGAUUUGGGUCGACAGCCCUCUUUAAUGGAACCUUGGUUUUAACCUCUUCCCUAUCUCAUGCACAUUCAAACCAUGCAGUAACCAAAAAACUGCAUUAAUCUUCACUUAAGUAGGUGUUAUGUCUCCAUGAUGCAUGUUAGAUAUCCUCACAUAAAGCACCCCAACUGUCUUGUACUCUAAUUGCAUUCUUGGUUGAAAAGCAUCAAAUUCACUACAGAAUACAGUCAUCUUUUUGUAAUUCAUAUUGUUAGCAGAAAUUAUGUAAGGCCUGUGGUUAUGAAACUGAAAUCAGAGCAUCCGGUUGCCAUUGGAGAUGGGUUUCUUUGUAGUGUGACAGGAUCACUCAUCCUUUGAUUGACUUUUACAUGAUAACCAUUCUACUGUUUGUAGCUCACAACACUUUUCAGGUAUCUUCUGGUGAUUUCUGGCACCCUGAAUGAUGCUUUACAUUAUUUAGAGGUGUAGAAACUAAAUGGGGAGUUUCAGUGGUAUUAUUAAGGUUCAAUAUUCUUGUCUUUAUUCUGUUUUCAUUUUACAACAGUUGCUUGUGGCUAAUGCAUUUGUCAUUUAAUCCAUUCCCUCCCACCCACUGCCACUCUGUACCCCAUUUAUUCAAAAUGCGGCCAAGAGGUCAGAGAUCCCCAACAAAAUAAGCUCUCCUCUUUUGGCCUCAAUUGUACAAAGACUGCGUUGAUACAAAAAAACAAUAGGUGUCCAAGUCCUGCCGUACUCAGGGAGAUACUCAUCUUUUUCCCUUUAUUUACCAUCUGUGCCUUUAUUUAUCUUUUUUCAGUUCAGUAUGUUUAUUAUUUUAGAUGUUAAAUAGUAAAAGGGAAGAAAAUGUAAGGCCAAUGAUAUAUUUGUUUUAAUAUAGCUUCAAAAGAAUGAAAAACAAAUGUUAUAAUAUAUUAAAACAUUAUUGGUCCAUUAAUAGUAUUCUCCAAACACUCUCUCUCUGUGUGUCUUUAUCCUGGCUUUUGUCUGUACAUGUGUCUGCUAUAAAGUCCUUUUUUAUCUUUUUGGUUUUCUGUUUUACGCUCCAUCUCACAGCUCUCUCCACCCAAACUCCCAUUUCUCCAAAUCCAGGGUCAGUGCUGCUGUCGUUACUGCGGUUGAGUUAGCAGAGGUCAACACUUUUAAACCCCAGAGCUGAAUUUAUCCUCGCUGCAUCAUAGUAUAAAUCCAGAAAGUAGGCAACACACACAUUAGCACACUACAAGCUCUUUCUGCUCCAGAAAUGGAUAUGUGGGCAAAUGUGCAAACAAAAGUCCAUAUUUUGUUGGUGGUGCAGUGAUGCUGUUUGAUUAUUUGUGUGAUUGAGUGUUUGAUUAAAUGUUUUAUCUAAAAGAUUUGCUUGAGAAAAUACAAUGAAACUUAAUCCCUGUUGGAAGCUCAACUUUUCUGCAACAUUUCUGGAAUUAGUAAAGAUUUAAAAUGUA